GGGGAGCACAUUGUACUUCAGCAGUCCAGUCAAGCCGAGGAAAGUCCUGUCAUACUUUUAAUAACAACUAAUUAACCAGAAACUAAUAUAACUGUAUCUGCUGUGUUUAGCUGCAGCUUGUUGUCACUGUCCGCUCGGUUUGUUCACGAAACGCUCUCAUUGUACCAAAGUCAAGAACAUGGGACGGAAGGUGACUCUUGCUACCUGCUCGUUAAAUCAAUGGGCUCUGGACUUUGAAGGGAACUCAGAGAGAAUACUAAAGAGUAUUGAGCUCGCUAAGGCUCAGGGGGCCAAAUACAGGCUGGGCCCGGAGCUGGAGAUAUGCGGGUAUGGCUGUGCAGACCACUUCUAUGAAUCAGACACGUUGCUCCACUGCUUUCAGGUUCUUAAGAAGCUUCUGGAGUCUCCCAUCACCCAGGACAUCAUCUGUGACGUGGGCAUGCCCAUCAUGCAUCACAACGUGCGCUACAACUGUCGGGUCCUGUUCCUCAACAAAAAGAUCCUUCUGAUCAGACCUAAAAUGAUGAUGGCAAACCACGGGAACUACAGAGAGCUGCGCUGGUUCUCACCUUGGAACCAGUUAAGGAACGUGGAGGAGUACUUCCUGCCCAGAAUGAUCCAGGACGUAACAGGCCAGGAUACAGUCCCUUUCGGUGACUGUGUGUUAUCCACAAAGGACACCUGCAUCGGCACUGAGUUAUGUGAAGAACUCUGGAACCCCAGGAGUCCUCAUAUUCAGAUGGGUCUGGAUGGGGUUGAAAUCUUCACUAAUUCAUCUGCAAGCCACCACGAGCUCCGCAAGGCCGACCAAAGAGUCAACCUGGUCAAGUCAGCCACCACCAAGAGUGGAGGUAUCUACCUGUAUGCCAAUCAGAGGGGCUGUGAUGGAGACCGUGUUUACUACGACGGCUGUGCCUUGGUGGCCAUCAACGGAGACAUCGUGGCACAGGGAGCACAGUUCUCCCUAAACGAUGUGGAGGUGAUCACAGCCACUCUUGACCUUGAGGAUGUGCGUAGCUACAGAGGAGAAAUUUGCCAGCCCAACAUGGAAAGUGAACACAAACUCUGCCACAGGGUGAAAGUGGACUUCUCUCUCUCCACUGUUGAUGAUAUCUACCUCCCCACUCACCAGCCUAUCACAUGGCAGUUUCAUACAGCAGAGGAAGAGAUCAGUUUAGGGCCGGCCUGCUGGCUGUGGGACUACCUGAGGAGGAGUGGACAGGCUGGCUUUCUGCUGCCUCUGAGCGGAGGAGUGGACAGCUCGUCCACUGCCUGCAUCGUCCACUCGAUGUGUGUGCUGCUCUGCCAGGCGGUAGAAGACGGCAACAUCCAGGCACUGGAGGAUGUCCGCAGAG